CCGGAAGUGCGGCGGCGGCGGCUGCGCAGAGGGUGCCGGCGGCGGAGGGGCACCUCCUUUCAUAUCCGUGAUAAAAAUGGCAGAAACAGCUCCUGAAGCUUCUGAGAAACUGGUUGUCAUCCACUCCAAAGCUCACAAAGAUACCAUUCUGGCGAAUUUUGAAGAACAAAGGAAAAAGGAUUUUCUCUGUGACAUUACCCUAAUAGUGGAGAAUGUGCAAUUCAGAGCCCAUAAAGCUUUGCUUGCUGCCAGCAGUGAAUACUUCUCAAUGAUGUUCAUAGACGAGGGUGAAAUAGGGCAGUCAAUUUACAUGUUGGAGGGAAUGGUUGCAGACACCUUUGGAGCACUGCUGGAAUUUAUCUACACCGGUUGCCUCCGCACCAGUGAAAAAAGCACAGAACAAAUUCUGGCCACUGCUCAGCUGCUGAAAGUGAAUGACUUGGUCGGGGCCUGUACAGACUACCAGGCCAGCCAUAGCCCAGGGGGUGCCUUAGCAACUCCAGCUAACAGUGGAGCCUCUGUAGCUGCAAUUCCAAGCGACAGGAACAGUGAAGAUCCACCAAAGAGAAAACGAGGGCGACCGAGGAAAGUCAAGAAUGUCCAAGAAGAAAAAUCGGCCGCAAAUUCUGCCGAAGAUGUGCAGCUGAGAGAGAACAACUCCAUGCAAAAUAAGCAAAACUUUAUGAAAAAAGGUGCUGCAGAAGAAGAAACAGCUGCCAGUGAACAAGCUCCAGCGAGGAAAGAUGCAGAAGAAACUGAACCUGCUUGUGGCUCAGAAGCUGCUGUCGAUCCUUCAGCUGAGAAAGAUGAGAAUUACGAUCCCAAAUCUGAAGGAAUACAGAGCACCCAGAGCCGCUAUAGCAAACGCAGGAUAAGGAGAUCAAUCAAAUUGCAAGAUUAUAAACUUCUCGGUGAUGAGGAUGAAAAAGGACUGGCAAAGAGAACUUCUGGGAAAAGAAAACGUGCAGGUUCGGAACCUCGCUGUAAAGACUGUGGCAAAGUAUUUAAAUAUAAUCACUUCUUAGCUAUUCAUCAGCGGAGUCAUACAGGGGAGCGUCCUUUCAAGUGUGCUGAGUGUGGCAAAGGCUUUUCCCAGAAGCAUUCUCUUCAAGUCCAUGAGCGGAUGCACACUGGGGAGCGGCCGUACACCUGCACUGUCUGCAGUAAAGCUCUGACAACAAAGCAUUCUCUUCUGGAGCAUAUGAGCUUACAUACAGGGCAGAAAGCUUUUACGUGUGAUCAGUGUGGGAAAUACUUCAGCCAAAGGAGACAGCUCAAGAGCCACUACCGAGUCCACACAGGCCACUCACUGCCGGAAUGUAACCAGUGUCAUCGCAAAUUCAUGGAUGCUGCUCAGUUAAAGAAACAUCUAAGGACACAUACAGGUGAGAAACCCUUCACCUGUGAAAUUUGUGGCAAAUCAUUUACAGCUAAAAGUUCUCUUCAGACUCACAUUAGAAUUCACAGAGGAGAAAAGCCAUAUUCUUGUGGGAUAUGUGGAAAAUCCUUCUCUGAUUCCAGUGCUAAGAGAAGACACUGUAUCUUACACACAGGCAAAAAGCCUUUCUCCUGCCCAGAAUGUAGUUUGCAGUUUGCUCGUCUGGACAACCUGAAGUCUCAUUUGAAAAUCCAUAGCAAGGAAAAGCAGUUUCAGGAAGCCAGCUCUGCCCCAAGCACCAACACUAAUUCAGAAGUCAGGAACAUUCUUCAGCUGCAGCAGUAUCAGCUUGCCACCUCUGGAGGGCAGGAAAUUCAGCUACUGGUUACAGAUGCAGUACAUAAUAUAAACUUUGUGCCGAGUCAUAAUCAAGGCAUUAGUAUUGUAACUGCAGAAAAUGCCCCAAAUAUGACAGCAGAGCAGGCUGCUAACCUCAGGCUCCUUGCUCAGCCACCACAGCAGCUGCAGAACUUACUGCUUUCAGCUCAGCAAGAACAGGCAGAACAAAUCCAAAGUAUCAAUAUGAUUGCCAACCAAAUACAGACUGCCCAACCUGAACAAAUGCAUGUCAUCACUCUUUCCAAGGAAGCACUGGAACAUCUCCACACUCAUCAAGGACAAAAUGAAGAAAUCCACUUAGCUGGAGCUUCGCAUCCAGCUCAGCACAUGCAGCUGGCUCAGGAAUCAAGUCAACAGCCUCAGUCUAGCCAAGAUGCAGUUCCUUCCCACCAAAUCAGUGAACAGAAUCAAAGUGUGCAUACUUCUGAAUCCCAUCAGCAGCCUCUGUCAGUAAAUGAGCCAUCUCAUGAGCCUCCUGUUCAAGGACAGGCUUUCUGAAAUGAUUAUUUGUCAUCAGCAUGCUUCUCAUCCAGGCAGCGAUUACGUGUAUCACAUUCUCUUUUCUGCUGCAUAAUCUUAUCUGAUGUAUUUCUUGGUGAUUUUUCAUGGGUGGCUUUCAGUUUUCUUAACCUUAUUUAUUUUAGACUACUUCUUUUUUUUGAGUUUGGUACUUCUCUACGACUUAGUCCAUACCUUGAAAGCAAUUAAUCUGGUUUUUUUGUGCCUCAUACACAUCCAUGCCUACUGAGGAGAUAUUUGGUCCUUUAUUUGCAUUUCUGUGUGACUUGGCAGAGAAGUGCAAUUUUCUGGUAGACAAACAAUAUUUAAGAUGUCUGCUUAUCAGGAGUUAUGACUUGUGGGGAAACAUGGUAACAAGGAUGAGAAAAAAGCCUUAAUAUAAAAGCCUGAGAUACUUAAUGUCUUCUUGGCCUCAGUCUUUAGUGGUAAGAUCAGUUGUUCUCCAGAUACCCAGAGCCUCCUAAACUGGAAGACAAGGAUGGAGAGCAGGAUGUAGCUCCCGUAAUCAAAGGCAAAAUGGUUAGUGACCUGCUACACUAUAUUGACAUACAGAAGUCUAUGGGAUGGAUGGGAUCCACCUUAGGGUACUGAGGGAAGUGGCAGAAGUGCUCACUAAACCACUUCUCCUCAUCUGGCAGCAGUCCUGGCUAACUGGGGAGGUCCCAGUUGACUGGAGAUUAACAAAUUGAUGCCCAUCUACAAGAAGGGCUGGAAGGAGAAUCAGGGGAACUACAGCCUGUCAGCCUGACCUCACUUGUGUGGGAAGUCAUCUUGAGUGUGAUCACGUAGCCUGUGCAGGACAACCAGGUGAUCAGGCCUAGUCAGCACUGAUUCAGGAAGGGUGGGUCCUGCCUGACUAACCAGGCCUCUUUCUAUGACAAGGUGACCCACGUAGUGGAUGGGGAAAAGGCUGUGGGUAUUGUCUACCUAGACUUCAGUAAAGCCUUUGACAAUGUUUCCCACAGCAUCCUCCUGGAGAAACUGGUUGCUCGUGGCUUGGAUGGGUGUAUGCUUUGCUGAGUAAAAAAUGGGGUGGCUGGGCCCAAAAAGUUGUGGUGAAUGGAGUUAAGUCCAGCUGGUGGCCUGUCACAAGUGGUGUUUCCCAGAGCUUAGUGUUGGGAUAUUUACAAAUAAUCUGGAUGAGGGGAUCAAGUGCCCCCUCAGUAAGUUUUCAUGUGACACCAGGCUGGGCAGGAGUGUUGAUGUGCUUGAGGGUAGGCAGGCUGUGCAGAGUGACCUGGACAAGCUGGAUUCGUGGGAUGAAGCCAACCAUAAGAGGUUCAACAGGGCCAAAUGGUGGGUCCUGCACUUGGGUCACAACAAUCCCAUGCAGUGCUACAGACCUGGGGAAGAGUGGCUGGAAAGCUUCCUGGCAGAAAAGGACCCAGGCAUGUUGAUGGACAGCUGGAUGAACAUGAGCCAGCAGUGUGCCCAGGUGGCCAAGAGUGCCAACAGCAUCCUGGCUGGUAUCAGAAACAGUGUGGCCAGCAGGACCAGGGAAGUAAUUGUGCCCCUGUACUCAGCACUGGUGAGGCCACACUUUAAAUACUGAGUUCAGUUUUGAGUGUUUCACAAGGACACUGAAGUGCUGAAUCACGUCCAAAGAAGAGCAAUAAAGCUGAUGAAGGGUAUAGAGCAUGAGGCUUACAAGGAGAAACAGAGGGAAGUGGCUUUGUUUACUCUGGAGAAAAGGAGCCUGAAGGGGGAGACCUUAAUGUUCUCCAGAGCUACCCGAAAGGAGGUUAUAGGGAGGUGAGUGUUGGCCUCUUCUAUUCAAAUAACAAGUGUUGAAAUAGGAGGAAAUGGUCUCAAGUUGUGACAGAAAACAUUUAGAUUGGAUAUUGGGAAGAAUUUCUUUAUUGAAAGGGUUUUCAGGCACUGGAACAGGCUGCUCAGGGAAGUGGUGGAGUCACCAUCCCUGGUGGUAUUUAAAAGAUGUGUAGAUGUGGUGCCAAGGGACAUGGCUUAGUGAGAGACUUGGCAGUUCUAUGUUAAUGGUUGAACUCGAUCAUAUUUAAGGUCUUUUCUAACCACAAUGAUGCUGUGACUUCUCUCCUGAAAUCAACAUUACCUGAACUACUGUCAAGCUUGAGAUAACCACUACCUUUUGCAAAGCUAACACCAGAUGUCUUUAUGUUUAAUGAGCUUUCUCUCUGCAUAAUUUUCUAUGUGAUCAUUCCCUGAAGUGCAUUUUGACUUACUGACUACCAGAUUUGUUUGUUUUCACUUGAAACUAUUGCAGUCUUUGCCUGGCCCUGCAUCCCCCCUCUUUCUGUUUUCCUUAUGCCAUACAAGUUUUGCUGCUCAGACGUGCUUUAGCCAUUGCACUUGAGUAGUGGCAAUGAGAUGUGGUGGCAACAUUGGACAACUGAAACCCCCAAAUUCUGCUCUUACUUCUCCUCACUGCCUGUGUGACUGUGGGCAGGGUAGUUGACCUCUGUGCCUUAGUUGCAUCAUGGAGUUAGCAAGGGCAGCAUUCAUGUGCUCUGCCAAAGCACUUUGAAGAGCUCUUGAUGCCGAAGACCCUGUUCAUUGAAGUGCAGAAUUCCCUUCCUGACAGGAAUCAGUCUAAGCUUAGGAGCCAGCUCAUAUUUAAAGAUAUAUUUUUAUGUAAUUUUGAGAGCAAAAUAUAAUGCUACUUUUAAUACGCAUUAAAGCUGGUAACUGUUUUCGUGGGGAUUUAAACAAUGGCUAGAAUCACUUUAGAGCAUCAUGAGCUAUAUGUAAGUGGGAAAUAUCACAUUAAAGUUGUACAGCUAUUUUUGCUGACUAGAUUAGAUGUGUACAGGCUGUUUUCAGUGAUUGAUUUUGACAUCUUAAUAAAAUGCCAUACCAGAAUACAUGCUUUGCAUUUUGAAGUUCAGCUACCAGUAACAUCUCAUGUAGUGCACUUGUGUGGUAAAACCCAGAUAAAAUGCCCCUGGUACUUAGAGUGAUGCUCUCAAUGGUCACCUCACUUUUAAAAUGUCAUACUUGUGAUUUACUUUGAUUUAACAAAUGAAAAGUGUAAGAAUCAAUGGAUUAGCAGGUGAAUUUAAAAGCAAAACAAAAGAUCUUUUCUACAUGCUUGGUUCCUAUGACUGCCCAGAGAGAGUCACUGGCGUAAAAGCCCAGUGCAUAGAAUGACAGAAUAAUUUAAAGUGGAAGGGACUUUGAGAGGCCAUCUGGCCCAUCAC